AUAGACAAAUAAUAGUAUGAGUACGAUUUAAAUCGUAUAUCUGUCAACCCUGCUAGCAAGACAGCGACAAAAUCACGUUGCAUAACAAUGUAGCCCAAGCUUAUAUCUUAUGAAAUAUACGGAAGAGAUACGGACUUAGAAAAAACAGAAAUGUUGUUCUUUGUGGAAGUCAUUGAUGAAAUUCUAUGUAUUUUAGCCCGCAAACUUUCUUCAAACAAAAACAGCGCCAUCUAGUAUCGAGUUCUGUAAUUAUCUCUUUGUUUAUGGAUUUGAAGUAAGACCGCCACGCAUGCAAUACAUUAUGACUGGGGAUUCCCCUAUUCGUCGACGCUGAAUAUGAGGCGACGACAAUCACUGUCAAACGUGUUCACUAUUACUCUGACUCUGGUAACGUGACUUCCUGGUAACGUGUUAGGUAGGAAAAGCAGUAAAAAAGUGCAUAUUAAGGGAGCAGAUUUGAAAUAAUAUUUAUACUUAACAAGAAAUAAUUAAAGGUUCAAUGGGGAGACCUAAAGAUUUACGCAUAUGGGAGCACUACCGUACUUUACCAAACAAGUCUGUUUCUUGCAAGCUUUGUAAUAAGGUCUACAAAUUCAGUAAUGCUGCCAAAAUGCUUCAACAUCUUAUCACUUGUCCAAAAUCUCCAGAAACAUUAAAAGACUCUAUGAAACUUAUAAAAGAUAGCUCGUCCAAAACCAAAAUGUCUGGACUGUCAGAGAUAGAGACAAAUGAUUCUUUUAUAAGCCCCUCGUCGUCUGCUAACACUACAAUAAAUGCUGAGUUUCAAGACACCGAUGAUCAUAUAAAAACAGAAUUAGCGAGAGCUAUAUUUGUAACAGGGACGCCAUUAUCGAUGGUGCAACAUCCUUUAUGGAUACAAUUUUUCGAAAAAUUGCAACCAAAAUUUAAAAUACCUUCACGUAAAGCUUUAGCGACAAAAUACUUAGAUAAAAUAUAUAGAGAAAUGCGUUUUGAGUUAAAUGAGGAACUAAAUGCUUGUAGUUACUUACACCUUCAGUGCGAUGGCUGGUCUAAUUUAAGAAAUGAAGGAAUAAUAAACUUUCUUAUAUCAAAACCUCAACCUGCAUACGUUAAAAGUUUGAAUACAGAAAGUAAUCCUCACACUAGUGAAUACCUUAGCCAAGAAGUUGAAAAAGUAAUGAAAGUGUAUGGAGCAAAUAAGUUUCUUGUACUUAUUGGCGAUAACGCUAGAAAUAUACAAAAGGCAUUCGAAUUAACAAAACUCAAAUAUCCACAUGUUGUUCCUCUCGGUUGCUGUGCACAUAUCCUUAACUUGUUGUGCCAAGAUAUUGUAAAGAUACAAGAAGUAACUGUGUUUAUUAUGCAAGCCAUAAAUAUAAUAAAAACUGUUAAAAGGAGUCAACGAUUAAGGCCUUGUUGA